AUGGUAGGGUUUGUUGAACGCCUUCGAAAGCCUAAGCCACCAAUCGCUCCUGGGUCACCCUCCAAAGACCACAUAUUACCAUCACAACAACCGACUACGCCACAAUAUCCCAGGCCACCCGUUCUUAGGAACUUCUCCUACCCAAUUAACAUAGGGAACACGGAACAAUUGCAGUAUCCGUCGGCCCCCUCAACCGGACAAACAGCUUGGGAUCGGCUUGGCGAGAUUUGCAGCUUUUCUCCUGAUAGUGUAUCACGAACGGGGAAGGUUAGGACGCCCACUUUGGAUGAUCCCUUUUUCUUCAAGUCUGGGUCGGAGCCGUAUAGUCGACUGGACGACGAAGAAGGGUAUAGUUUUGGGAUUAGCGUCUCUCCUGAGCAGCUCAUUGAGCGAGAGUCGCCAUCUCAAGAAGAGCCCAAAUCACGAAAGAAGCAACGCAGAAGCACUCUGCUGGGCUUAACCUCUACCGAGAAGAAUGCGCUGAAAGAUAAGGCAUCAAAAUCGUCCAAGAGUCAAUCUUUAGGUGACCGCAUUUUUACCCCAAAUUCCAUUGUUACCUCUCGCCUCAAGCGUAACUCGCUGGGCCAGCAUAAGGCAGCUGUAUCGUUGGACGCAUCUCGUCUCAUGGUCUUACCUUCUGGUAGCCCUGAUCGACCUGCAUCCAGUUCAGGAGUCCCUCUCAUUGAUACGAGACUCAGAUCGCCGAGCCCGACCUUAGCGCCCGAACCUUCACCACUAUUACUCCCACGGGAAAAUACCAUUGACUUUUCGGCCGACCCCGAAGAAGAAUCGCUGAUAUUGCAAACCACUGUAUCGAUGAGGUCCCUCGAGAUGGGUCUGGGUCGUCAUGGGAAAACCUCACACAGUUACGCUGAAUCAACCCGCAAUGCUCUGGAAGAUGGUAGCAGUCGAAAGAGCAACCACGCGGUAAUCGACUCUGCAAAACAUAAAAGGGGUGAUGGGAUACCCCGCUGGUUGUCUCAGAUCAAGGGCUGGGUUUCUGUUUCGGAGCCGUCGGCUCAGGCUUUGAAACAAUACAAGAAAGAGACGUAUGAGAAGGCUCACAUAGCUUUUGAUGACCCCCAAGCAAACGCAAAGCUUCACUUACCAAUUGGGACAUUGCCCCAAGAUGCUAUAAAACCGGCCGGUCGAGGACCUGAUCCGGAGGAAAUUGUUAUGAAGCAAGCAGAGCAACGAAAGAAAAUGAGGCUUUCCGGCAGUCGGAUGGGCAGCACUUCUCAGGGCUCUAGGUCGAGUAUUAGUCGCUACUCGUCUUCUAGCAGCACCGUAUUUAGUGGUGGAAAGGAGAAUGUUUCGCCAUAACCGGAGUAGGACGGCACAUACAUGGCGUACACGAUAUCCUAUCGCAAUCCGAUCAUCGUUGGAAUUUAUAACUUAACGUAAUUUUAAUUGCGAUUUUUGUCAAUCUGCAAAACCCCAGCUAGGAACUCUUAGCAAAGAGCUUCGCGUUUGUUACCCUACCUAGCAGCUAGAUAUAAUCUUGGUAGAAGGAAUGCAACAAAUUUAACUAAUAGACCAAAUAGACGAUUCUUAUGAAAACUCGAGGGAAAUAUUCAUUUGAUAUUUGCUGAUUUCUUGGAGAGGGAUUCAUCUCAUACAUGGUAGCGAAUCAUCGAGAUCUAGGAUGAGGGGAAUUGGAGAAUUUGGAGAAGUCCCCACCCUUAACCCCAACGAGUUCCUACUCAAUUAGCCAACGAUGCUAGAUGUAAAGAGAAACAAGACUUCGCAGUAUUUCUUAAAGACAGGUGACUGGGACUGUUGGGGCUAAUGUUUAAGUAGAGCCCGGUGCUAUAUUGAGUUUCUUGGCUCAAGUACUUCUGCGCCCACGACGCGAAUUUCCAGCUAAGAUCGAGCUUUAUGCGGGGUCAACCUACCUAGGUCGAGAGCUAGUAGAACCAAUAGUCAAUGACGUAGGGCUCCUUCGGUGUGGUUCGACUAGCCGGGGCAAAUUCUCCUGGUGUCACGAGCGGAAACAUAGCUAGGCACUUAGAUAAAUAUAAGUUCGUUGGAGAUAAGUAAAG